CUCAAAAUUGAACGCCAUAAAAAUUGAACGCCAUAUAAUUAUUUCAAGGCCAUCCCUCACACACGCAACGAGGACUGUGAAGAAGCACUUGACAGUAAUGGCAGCAAUUUUAACACCAUUUCCGUCGUAUUCCGUCCCCCCAAGGCUUUCGGUGCCCGGUCAACAAGCUUUCCUUGUAAGUCAUCUCAUUCGCAGCUCUACAGUUUCCAGGAAACACAUCUCCUUCAGAGUUCAAGCUGCAAAGCUUCCUGCCGGGGUAUCUCUCUCACGUUUCUCCUCUUUUCCCCCAAACAUUGAAUUCAUGAUACAAAAGGAUGUCUGAUGUGCACACAAUUCUUCAGGUGGAAUACCCAAAGGAACAGCCAAAGCUUAAGCCCCCAUUUCUGGGUUUCACCAGAACUGCUGAAAUAUACAACUCCAGAGCUUGUAUGAUUGGCCUGAUUGGAACUUUCGUUUUAGAACUGAUAUUGAAUAAGGGAAUACUUCAGGCUAUUGGGGUGGAUGUCGGGAAAGGCCUUGAUCUUCCCUUAUGAGAACGUAUUGGUGUGUUUUCCAUUCAAGCUCCCUUGUAAAAGCACAAUGUUUCUUAUUGGUUCCCUUCAAAAAUAUGUAAAUCUGAAUUCACUACUAUUACUACUAAUACUGUCAUCUGAUCAUUCUUCUUUUCUUCCAUUUCGUUAAA